ACGUAGUCAGACGCCGGUUUUACGCAUGAAACAGUGCUGUACCAAAUAUAUAGUUAUUACAGCCAUUGAUCAGAAUUCUCUGUAAGCUACGGAAACUUCUUCCAGCUUAAAUCAUUACAAUAUGAGUGACAACGCACAGAAAGUUGACAACGUUGCCCCAUCUUUCAGACGUAAACAAGUGUUCAUCCUUGAUUGUGCCUACUGUGAUUCUACUAUUUGUAGACGGGCGAUGAGGGCAGUGCUUUUGGCAGAUUCGCAAACUGAACUUUUCUCAACUGAUAUUCAAGAAGAAGGCGCUGUGGACAUGACAGACGAGAAGUUUUAUACAGACAACUGUGACUGUCUCAUAGAACAUAUGGCAUGUACAGCAUGUGGUAAUGUUGUUGGGUACCAUAUUCGGAUGCCCUGUAUAAAGUGCAUCAAGUCCUGUAACAACGGCCACAUGUGGAUGUUCUACAGACACGCCAUCACACCCAAGGACAGACUCAACACACAAGGGGAGAAGGUGAUGGUGUGGGGUGACAUUCCCACUGAGCACCACGACCAUGCUGCUGGGAUGCUGCAGGAUGAGUGUUGUCGCUAGGUUACCACUAGAGGAGUUGUAACUAGGAAACCUCAGGAUGAGUGUUGUCGCUAGAGAACUAUGGGUCAAAUGUUUUCUUUAAGGAACCACAGGAUGGGUGUUGUCACUAGGAAACCUCAGGAUGAGUUGUAACUAGAAAACCUCAGGACAAGUUGUAACUAGGAAACCUCAGGAUGAGUGUUGUCGCUAGAGAACUAUGGGUCAAGUGUUUUCUUUAAGGAACCACAGGAUGGGUGUUGUCACUAGGUUACCACAGGAGGAGUUGUCACAAGGGAACCUCAGGACAAAUUGCAACCUCAGGAUGAAUGUUGUCGCUAGAGAACUAUGGAUCAAGUGCUUUCUCUAAGGAACCACAUGAGGAGUAUUGUCGCUAGGAAACCUCAGGACAAGUUGUUACCACAGGACAGAACCUCAGAAUUAGUGUUGUAACAUGGUAACUACAGGAUGAGUGUUGUCGCUAGGUAACCACAGGACAAGUUGUCAUAAGGGAACCUCAGGAUGUGUUGUCACCAGGUAACCACUGGAUGAGUUAUCAUUAGGGAACCUCAGGAUGACUUUUGUAGCUAGGGAACCUCAGGAUGACUGUUGUGGCUAGGUAACCAGAAGAUAAGGUUCGUCACUUGGAAACCACUGUGUUACCUCCAGACAACUCUGAUGAACAGUUCGAGUCUGGACACUCGAAUCAGUAAAGGUGAACUAACUGGAUCCCAACUCUAAGUUACAGAUGGUGAUCACAAUUCAGACUGCUGAUUGAACGAAAGUGCUUUUAACAAAGGAUUUUUCCUGUUAUAUACCGAUAUCAGCUAUUUGUUGGACUGCCUCUAGUUCUAUUUAGAACAAACUACAAAAUUUUGUGAUAAGUUGGAGGCUGGUCUAAUAACACUUUUAUUUUUCACAUGUUUUUCCUGCUAGUUCUAUUUAUUUUGUUGUUUUUCAUAAUGUGUUACAUUAAGUCAUCAGGUCAGGCAAAAGAGGCCAGGCAAAAACUUAAUCAGACUAUGAUGACACGAGGUACUUUUCCGGUGACAUUUAUUUACAAUUCUACAUCUUUAUUUCAUAGUAAUGAGCACAGCGAAUGAGCUCCAGAGUCAUGUGAAAAAUAAACUCACUAAUACGUAGUUUUGUCAGAUCUUGAUGCAGAGGAAACACUUGCAUUGUGUAGUGUUAAGGAACUUUUAACUUAUUACAUUGAGAGUAAAAUGUAUUUUUGUUAAAAUUACAGCAUUCAUAGCUUAAAAAUAUGUUUGUAUACUGAACUACACUUGUACUGGCAUAAUAUAUAUAAACUGAAUUUUAUUAUAGUAAAAGCAAGUCUGUAGGUGUGUGAUGAUACUUUCCAAUGACUUGAGUUACCUCCCCUAAUUUGUGUUGUAAAUAUUAGCUCCUAAGGACAUUUUUUUGGAUAAAUUCAGUGUUUGCUUAAAAAAAUAUUAUGCCAUAAAUAUGUAAAAUUGCAUUUUUACUGACAAUAAGUCUGUACUAUGUAUUAUGCCAAAGCCCUUUUUACUGUAUCAAUGUUAACAAAAAGAUCCAGAUGACCCAAGAAUCUGUUGUGUCUAUGGGCAAAAUGUAUUACAAUGUUUUACGCUCACGUGAUAACGUCUGAAAGUGUGAUUUCAUAUUAAGUGUGAUUGUAGAAAACAUGUUUACAAGGCCUCAACUAGUUCUUUCUAAAUCAUUUUUAAGGA